GCGGAGAGAUUGAUGAUCUCCCUCCUCCUCUAUUCUUCUCGCCGUCACUCGGUCCGGCAGCAUGAAGCUGAUCCGGUACAGAGGAACCAGAGACCAGUUCCUGCCGGUCCUAAAGGAGCCAGAGACUGGUUCCUGCCAGAGACUAGUUCCUGCCAGUCCUAGUGGAACCAGAGACUAGGUCCUGCCGGUCCAGAGGAGCCAGAGAUUAGUUCCUGCCGGUCCAGACCAGUUCCUGCCGGUCCAGACCAGUUCCUGCCGGUCCAGAGACCAGUUCCUGCAGGUCCUAGAGGAGCCAGAGACCAGUUCCUGCCGGUCCAGAGACCAGUUCCUGCCGGUCCAGAGACCAGUUCUUGCCGGUCCAGAGACCAGUUCCUGCCGUCAUGAACCCGAGCCUCGUCAACUCGUUGGCCAAGGUUUACGAUGCAAACCCUCUCCACGCCCAGAAGUUGGCCGGGAGGAAGUUCUCGCUGGGCGGCUUGGCCUCAUCGGCCUCCUGCUGCUCCCAUGAUGCCUUGCUCCGCGGCUCGGCCUCCUGCUCCCAUGAUGCCUCGCUGCGCGGCGUGGAGAGCAGGAUGGACUCGCUGAGCUCCCAGAUGGAGGUGCUGCUGGGGAUGCAGCAGACGGUCCUGGCCCGGCUGGACGGCCUGGCGAUGGAUGUGCGCGGCGUGGGCCGGGACGUGGCCUCCCUGCGGGAGGAGGGCUGCGGCGGCGCUAAAGCUAGGCGGGAAUCUGGAGGCCCCAGAGGCCCCGGAGGCCCCGGAGCCCUGGAAACCCUGUGCAAGGACAUGCUGGGCUCCAUGGAGACGGCCGGCCAGCGCAUGGACAGCCAGGGCCGGCGGCUGGAAGGGGUGGAGAAGCUGCUGGAGGGCAGCCAGCAGGUGCUCAGCUUCAUCAGCAGCCAGCAAGUGCUCAGCUUCAUCGGGGAGCUGCUGAAGAGCUCCAGGCUGCUGGAGCUCUUAGUCAGGCAGCCGGGGAACGGCAGGAAGGGAAAGGAUGACAAAGAUAGAGCCAAGCAGAGCGCGAAGGGCGGCAAGACCCAGAAAAAGAGGAAACCUCAGGACUCGUCAGACUCUUCUUCUUCUCUGAAUGAGCCGGUGCUGCAGCAGCAGGUGGAGAAGCUCAACCGGCAGAACCUCCAUCUGUCCCAGGCGAGCGCCGAGGCCGACGCCCGGCCGGGUGACGCCGGAGCCGCCGGGGAACGAAUCCUUCGCCAGGUCUCCGAGUCCCGGCCGGACCAGAAGGAGAAAGACGGAGGGCAGAGCUUCGUCCUCACGGAGCCGGAGGAAGACGAGGAUGCCGGUUCUGCCCGGAGCGGAAGAUCGGAGGACGAUACGAAGACGCGGCACAAAGAAAAGGCGGGAAAAGACUCAGACUCGGUUACGGGCGUCAGUUCUGCUCUGGUUCCUCCAGAAAGCUCGGAGGAGGCCGGCGACUCGGCGGCGUCGAGCAAACGGCGAGUGGCGGAAGACGACGUGAAGGACGACCUGAAGAAGAGCCGAGUGGGAGACGGACAGACGGACAGAGAACCGGAGGAGGCCCAGGCCGACGCCGAGGGGGACGCCGAGGACGACGUGAAGGAGUUCCUGAUAGACUCGACUCCUCCAGCUCUGGCUCCCUUCGAUCAUUGCAUCGUGACGCCCAAACCCCAUCAGAUCUCGUCCUACUACACCAUCGACAGGGAGGAGGUUCUGGGCGGGGGGCGCUUCGGCCAGGUCCACAAGUGCGUGGAGAACUCGUCGGGCCUGAUUCUGGCCGCCAAGAUCAUCAAGGCCCGGAGCCAGAAAGAGAAGGACGUGGUGAGGAACGAGAUCCAGGUGAUGAACCAGCUGAGCCACGCCAACCUGAUCCAGCUGUACGCCGCCUUCGAGUCCCGGCACGACGUCAUCCUGGUCAUGGAGUACGUGGAGGGGGGCGAGCUGUUCGACCGCAUCAUCGACGAGAACUACAACCUGACGGAGCUGGACACGGUGCUGUUCGUGCGGCAGAUCUGCGAGGGUUUGCAGUACAUGCACAAGAUGUACAUCCUGCACCUGGACCUCAAGCCGGAGAACAUUCUGUGUGUCGACAGAGCGACGAACAAGAUCAAGAUCAUCGACUUCGGCCUGGCGAGGAGGUACAAACCCCGGGAGAAACUCCGGGUCAACUUCGGGACGCCUGAGUUCCUGGCCCCUGAAGUUAUCAACUACGAGUUCGUGUCCUUCCCCACGGACAUGUGGAGCCUCGGCGUCAUCAUGUACAUGAUGCUCAGCGGCCUGUCCCCGUUUCUGGGCGACGACGACAACGAGACGCUGAACAACAUCCUGGCGUGCCAGUGGAACUUCGAGGAGCAGGAGUUCUCCGGCGUCUCCGACGAGGCCAAAGACUUCAUCACGCGUCUGCUGGUGAAGAGCAAGAGCUGGAGGAUGAGCGCCGCCGAGUCGCUCAGGCAUCCCUGGCUGUCGGACCGGAGCCUGCACUACCGGCUCAACCAGAAGAAAAAUAAGUGCCACCCGUCUCACCCUCCGUCUCACCCUCCGUCUCACCCUCCUCCCCCCCCAGAGAGCUAGGAAG